GACUAGUCUCACUCAGACAGUCGUUGUCACUGAGCGAGAGGUGAGAUGGAGCAGAGAGGAGUUCAGCUGGACCGGGAAACCUUCUCUUGUUCCAUCUGUCUGGAUCUACUGAAGGAUCCGGUGACUACUCCCUGUGGACACAGCUACUGCAUGAACUGUAUUAAAAGCCACUGGGAUGGAGAGGACGGUAAGGACAGCUACAGCUGUCCUCAGUGCAGGAAGACGUUCACACCGAGGCCUGUCCUGCUGAAAAACACCAUGUUAGCAGAUUUAGUGGAGGAGCUGAAGAAGACUGGACUCCAAGCUGCUCCUGCUGAUCACUGCUAUGCUGGAGCUGAAGAUGUGGCCUGUGAUGUCUGCACCGGGAGGAAACUCAAAGCCAUCAAGUCCUGUCUCAUCUGUCUUGUCUCUUACUGUGAGAAACACCUUCAGCUUCAUUAUGAUGUAGCUCAGUUAAAGAAACACAAGCUGGUGGAGCCGUCCAAGAAGCUCCAGGAGAACGUCUGCUCUCGUCAUGAUGAGGUGAUGAAGAUGUUCUGCCGUACUGAUCAGCAGCUUAUCUGUUAUCUCUGCUCUGUGGAGGAUCAUAAAGGCCACGACACAGUCUCAGCUGCAGCGGAGAGAGCUGAGAGGCAGAGAGAGCUCGAGGGGAGUCGACUCAACAUCCAGCAGAGAAUCCAGGACAGAGAGAAAGAUGUGAAGCUGCUUCAACAGCAGGCGGAGGCCAUCAAUCUCUCUGCUGAUGAAGCAGUGGAGGACAGCGAGAAGAUCUUCACUGAGCUGAUCCGUCUCCUGGAGAAAAGAAGCUCUGAUGUGAAGCAGCAGGUCAGAUCCCAGCAGGAAAGGGAAGUGAGUCGAGUCCGAGAGCUUCAGGAGAAGCUGGAGCAGGAGAUCACUGAGCUGAAGAGGAAAGACGCUGAGCUGAAGAAGCUCUCACACACAGAGGACCACAACCAGUUUCUACACAACUACCCCUCACUCACUGGCAACUCACAAUCAGCAUCCAGCAUCCAGAUCCGUCCUCUGAGCUGCUUUGAGGACGUGACAGCGGCCGUGUCAGAGCUCAGAGAUCAACUACAGGACAUCCUGAGAGAGAAGAGGACAACCGUCUCACUGACAGGGACUGAAGUGGACGUUUUACUGCCACAACCAGAGCCCAAGACCAGAGCUGGAUUCUUACAAUAUUCACGUGAAAUCACACUGGAUCCAAACACAACAAACACAUGGCUGUUAUUAUCUGAGGGGAACAGGGAAGCAACGUUCAUGAGACAACAUCAGUCUUAUUCUAGUCACCCAGACAUAUUCACUGUCUGGUCUCAGGUCCUGAGUAGAGAGAGUCUGACUGGACGUUGUUACUGGGAGGUGGAGAGGAGAGGAGACGUUUCUGUUGCAGUGACAUACAAGAAUAUCAGGAGAGAGGGGGGGUCGGAUGAAUGUAGAUUUGGAUUAAAUGAUAAAUCUUGGGUGUUAUAUUGUGUCAACAACAGUUAUACAUUUUGGUCCAACAAUGUCCAAACUCCCGUCUCAGGUCCUGUGUCCUCCAGAGUAGGAGUGUACCUGGAUCACAGAGCAGGUAUUCUGUCCUUCUACAGCGUCUCUGGAACCAUGACUCUCCUCCACAGAGUCCAGACCACGUUCACUCAGCCCCUCUAUGCUGGACUAAGGUGUUAUUGGCCUGCUGGAUCCUCUGCUGAGUUGUGUAAAGUGAAGUAGACAGAAGUCAUUUAAGGGUUAAAUUAAACUCUUUGACUUAUUGAGUCUCCAUGGUUACUGCUGAGAGCUGAUUGUUGUCAUUCUAGUUUUCACGUGUUUCUACAUUUUCUGUUGGUUUUCCUUAUUUUUUUGGCUUUUAUCAACAUUUUUUGACACUUUCUUCAACAUUUCUUUUCUAAGGUUUUUGUAAAUGAGUUUGAGGUUUUUGCUUGUCUUGAGGUUUUAGAAGUGAUGAGAUGUUUCUGUUUGAGGAAAUCCUUGGGGGAGCCCCAGAAGCUCUGAAUGAGCUCGGUCCAGAUCUGGUAUUUUACCUGCAGAGGGUUAAGCCUUUCUUCACUGCCCAGAGAUCAGCUGUCAAUCAAACAUUAUGGGAUGUCCUUUGACAUCUUUUAGUUGUGUUUAAAGAUUAUUUGUGUUGUUUAUAUGACGUAGAAAAUGAGUUCCAUUAGUUGUUUUACUGUCUUUACCUUAAAGUGUCUAAAUGAACGUGAACGUGUCGGGGAGCA